AUGGAAGAAAAUAUCAUUCAUCAUAGGCAUAUUUUGUUGUAUUAUUUUAAAAAAGGUAAGCAGAAGUUCAUAGAAAAAUUUGUAAUGUUUAUGGGGAUGAUGCCUUAACCGAACGCGCCUGUAAAAGUUGGUUUGCCAAAUUUCAUAAAGGAAAUUUUGACAUCAAUGAUGCACAACGGUCUGGUUGCCCACGUGAAACGAGCAAUGUUAAGACCCCAAUCAGUGCGAGAGAUUGCUAUGGCACAAA